GAAUUCCCCAGAUAAAUCAAGCGGACAACUUCUCAGGCUCACAAUUCCUCUGCCCGGAGCCCUACGGGUACUUUGCGGACCCCUACCAGUGCGACAAGUACUACGAGUGCAGCGACGACGUCCCUACGCCUCUCCUGUGCGAAGAUGGAAAAGUAUACGAUGAGUACAAGGGCAAGGCAGGCCACGUCGACCCUUGCGACAUCCCUUACGUUGUUGACUGCGGAGAGCGGUCUUUGAUGCGUAAGUCAAUUUUUAACCCCGCAACCAACUUCAGCAUCUACUGCCCCCGCCUUCACGGUAUCUUCGCCGACAACCAGUUCUGCGGCAAGUACUACACCUGCAUCGACGGCCUGCACACCGUCACCGAGUGCCCUGCCGGCCUGCACUUCGACAGGAAGACCGGCACCUGCGCUUGGGCGGCCUCGGCAGGAAGGACUACCUGCGCGGAGGAGAGGAAAUGCAUCAACGAUUUCUGCUGCGACGGCGCCAAGGACUUCACUGACUUCGAGGGCCGGGCCGUGCCCCACCCCGCCUUCCCCAACCUGGACGAUUGCCAGAAGUUCUACGUGUGCCACAACGGCUUCACCCCUCAGGAGGCCUCCUGCGGCCUCGGCCAGGUCUUCAACGACAUCACUAUGAUGUGCGACUACCCGGAGAACGUGGCCGCCUGCACGGGAUGGUACAGGGAUCACCCAGACUUUGUCGAUUAUUACGAUGACGCCGGCAACCCCAUCAACCCCUCCGACGGAAACGAAGAUUUUGUCGCGUAAAAGACUCGCGUGUCUGGGCAGUGCAUUUCCUCCUCUUCCGAUGCAACUUUCCUUUCUCAUUUCGUUUUUUUUUAUUUUUUCUUGCCGAAUGAUGUCUUGGCUAAAGUGUUCCGUUGCAUUUGUUUUUAAUGUAGUCUGAAAUAUUUCGGAAGUUUGCAUUAUAUUAUUCUUGCUUGUAUAUACGUUUCGGCUUCGAUAUCAUUGUAUGAUUUUUUUGUGUUGGCAAUACCUUAUGCGAUGCUACAAUACUAGCAUUUGAUAUUGUUGUAGCUAAUAAGCCCAAAAAGGCCACAAGCUUUCGUAAUGUAUAUUUUGAAUGUGCGUUAAGUUUCUUUUGAAGAUUAUUUUCAAUUUUGUGUGAUUACUCAAAUGGAAAAUCUGAUUUUCUUGAUGAAGUAUCUCGGCUGAUUUAUUUUAACUUCCUUCGGUUCGUGCAUUAAACGCAUGACUAGCGCAUGUCACUCAUUAUUCAGACUCUAUAAUAACAGUAAAUAACAGAAUAACAGAAUAAAAUGUGGGAUAACAGACAUAACAACUCAAGAUACUUACUGGCCUGUCUCCAAAGUAUGUCAUCUGUUUCCAUGACGUAUUUAAAGCAUGUGGUAUUUUAUUCUUUUUUUCUCGAGAUUUUUUGCAGUCUUCCCUGCUCUUUCAGCAUGAUAGCCAUCUUCCCGUUUUCGUAACUACAUUUUCCACCUCUAACACCGUUUUCUUUCAGCAAUCCUUAGCUCGUCGGUAUCACCAGGCGUUCUUCUAUCACUGUAAUUUCUUUUCUUGUAAUUUUGUAUUUUACAUAUAAUCGCAUGUUACCUUACUUCACCUUUCCUUAAUACCAACAAAUGUUCUUACUGGCCAUUCUAGAAGCAUGUCAUCCCCGUUUUCUUUACAGUGCUGAUUUUUACAAGAACAACCCCCUCUUCGAUGUUGUGUAUGACGACGCGGAUGGGGACGGCAGCCCAGAUUUUGGUGUUCGCCGCGACUUUUCGCAAACUUCCAUUAACUAACUGUCAGUCCUCGUCUUCCGUCAUUUGGAAAUUAACUUGUAAACUGUACCGCCAACCUAUGCAUGCUUUGUACGUGAUUUCUACUUUAUAUUUUUUAAGUUUCUUUUAUUGUCCUCUCCUUUACUGUAGAUGUUUGGAUCCUCUGUAGGACUUCCUGAAUCUAUUGUCCUGAAUGAAGACCGUGAUGUCAUAGCUGGUUGUGAUAUCACCUUACUUCAAUUUGCUCAUCUUCCAUGUACAAAAUAAACCAAAAGAUGGCUUCGAAAUCCAAAAUAUGGAUUUAGUAGCCCAAAAGACAGACAUUUUCCGUCCUUAACUUAGCUAAGACAUAUUGUUAUGCAGUUUGUUUUUUUUUACAUUAAGCUACACCCACUUGCUCAUCACUCCCGUCCACGCACUCUGAUUGGUCGAGAAUUUACUUGCAUGUUUGUAUUCUGCUUUUCUCAUUGGAUGAAGGUUAUCCAAUAGACUUUCCCGUUUCUGGGAUUGAAUAUAUGAAGGACGUUAGGUGUCAUUCACACCGACGGUGCUUUAACACAUUUCGAACUCUUUUUGAUACUUCUAAGCCGAGAAACUUUGCUCCUGAGGAAUAUUUGAUGUAC